CUGACAACUCUCAGCCAGAGCUGCUCCACAAUGAUAUUCAUGUUCRGGGGUUCUGGGUUCAGACCUGGGUCACUGGGUCUGCGGGACCAGAACAUCAGAUGAGAAAUGGGCCUCUGGAAGAAUCCAUCAGUGUUCUCUCUCAGAGCCAUUUCCAGCAGAGUUCUGCUGUUUUUCACACAAACUGCUUUUCUUUUCCACUCACGCACCGUGCCGUGCGUUCAGUGGGCGUGUCUUUCUGUCAGCUGGAUUAAAGGGGGCGGGGCUUCUGUGCGCGCCGCGUGUCACCAGCUGAGCUGACACGGAGUCCUCUGAAGGAUCCGUCAACGCGCGGGUCUGUUAUGCGACAGAGACCAGAACCGGAGCCCGGACCCGGAUCCCACAGGUUCCUUUAGUGACCUCUCUCGAGGAUCUUCAGACUUCAUCUGACCUUGUUGAAGCCAGCAGGAGGUCUCCGCAGCACCUGUGGACCUGAGUGGGACAGUGAUCUGUGGACAUGAAGACAGAUGUUGUGUUUUUUACAGCUCUGCUGUUUCCAACCAUGCUGGCAGUGUGUCCUGAUAAAGAGCCAGGUCUUCAACCCUGGACUCCAGGACACAGUGAAGACCACCGUGUUACCAUCAACCACAAUCAGAAAGUCCUUCUAACUACUUCAGCUACAGUCCACUCCAUCGAGAUCCUUAAUGGAGGAAAACUGGUGAUUGCUGAUACCAGUCGGCCCAUUCUCCUUCGGACAAAACAUAUUCUAAUCGGAACCAAAGGAGAGUUGCAUAUCGGAAGUCCAGAAUGUCCCUACAAAGGCAACCUCACCAUCUCCCUGUUUGGAAGACUGGACGACAGCGAUGAAGAACACCCCUACUUUGGGAGGAAGUUCAUCGGAGUGGGAACAGGUGGGACUCUGGAGAUUCAUGGCAAGAAGAAACUGUCCUGGACUUUCCUCAACAAGACCCUUCACCCUGGAGACAACCAAAACCAGUACCUGUUCCAGAGAGGCUGGGGAAACCGAGGCAUCAUUGUGCACACGAUCGAUCCAAACACCGGGAAGGUUCUGCUCAGAGACAGGUUUGACACAUACAGCAGUAAGAACGAGAGUCAUCGUCUCACACACUACGUCAAUCAUGUGAAGGCGGGGCUUAUUCUGGCCAUGGCGGUCAACGAUGAAGGAUCCAAAAACUUAGAGGACUCGGCCAAGAAGAGCCUGUCCAGACUGGGCAGCCGACACAUCCACCGUCUGGGCUUCCGCCAUCUGUGGACAUUUAUAGUUAAAAAAGGUGACAUUUCUUCUGUUGUGGAGGAUUACUCAGAUUAUCAAGGAUCCAAAGCUUCAUCACAGGCUCAGAGUUCUGGUGUUUUUCCAUCGAGGUCAGGUGAAGUCUUCACCAUCACCACCAGCAGCCAGUGGGURCAAGAGACAGAGUGGACAGACUGGUUUGACAGGGAUGAUGAAAGGGGGUCUGGAGACUGGGAGAAGCUCUCUGACCUGCAGAAGUCUUAUCCAGACCAGGUGUGCAGCAGUCCACUGGACAUCCAGGCUGAAACUCGUGAUGGUGUACCYUGCAACCAGACAGGAGAUACCAUCUACAAGAAUGACAAGAACUAUGGCUUUGUCUGCCGGAACCAGGACCAGUCUCAUGGCCUGUGUCAGAACUACAGAGUCCGCUUUCUGUGUGGAAAGCUGGUCCGUCCCCAGGUCUCUGUCUCAGUGGACGUGUUGUUGGACAGUAGUAUCCUGGACCUUGCAGACCAGCCGGUGGGUUGGGGYUCCAAGGAUCAGGUGGUUGUAGCCAGCACAGAUUACUCCAUGCACCAAGCUGAAGAGUUUACUCUGCUGCCCUGUCCACACUGCCAACCGAACCAGGUUAGAGUCAAAGGUCACGCCCAGUUCAUCCACAUGGGUGAGGAGGUAGAUGGGGUGGACAUGAGGGCCGAGGUGGGCCUGCUGACCCGGAACAUCCUGCUCCGCGGUGAGACUGAGCCCAGCUGCUAUGGCCAUGAAGCCUGCAAGUUCUUCACCUUUGACCCUUUUGGUGGACAUUUGAAGGUGGAGCGGGGAUUCAGAGCGGUUCAUAUAUCAGGGGUGGAGCUUCAACACAUGGGCCAGCAAUCAAUGGGUCACUAUCCAGUUCACUUCCACAUGAAUGGAGAUGUGGAUGAGAGAGGAGGCCACAGCCCACCAACAUCUGUCAGUGACGUGUCCAUCCAUCACUCCUUCUCCCGCUGCCUCACCAUCCACGGCACCAAUGGACUGCUGGUGAAGGAUGUGGUGGGCUACGACACACUGGGACACUGUUUCUUCACAGAGGACGGUGCAGAGGAGAGGAACUCGUUUGUCCACUGCCUGGGUCUGAUGGUGAGAGCAGGAACRCUGCUGCCAUCAGACAGAGACAGCAAAAUGUGUCGAGGGAUCUCAGAAGGAGCGUACCCCGGAUACGUGGCAAACCCCCGCCAGGACUGCAGUGCAUCUUCUACUUUCUGGAUCGCCAACCCCAAUAACAACCUGAUCAACUGUUCUGCUGCAGGGUCAGAGGAAACAGGUUUUUGGUUUAUUUUCCACCAUGUGCCAACGGGCCCCUCAGAGGGCCUGUACUCUCCAGGUCAGAGCGAACACACACCGAUGGGUCAGUUCAGCAACAACCGAGCCCAUUCCAACUACAGGGCUGGACUGAUCCUGGAUCAUGGAGUAAAGACCACCCAGGCCAACGACAGGGACAAGAGACCAUUUCUGUCUCUGAUUGGAGCCAGGUACAGCCCACACCUGGAUGCAGAUCCUUUCAAACCCAGAGUCCCGGCUCUGGUCCAUCACUUUGUGGCCUACAAAAACCAGGACCAUGGAGCCUGGCUGAGAGGAGGAGAUGUCUGGCUCGAUGACUGCCAAUUUGCUGAUAAUGGCAUUGGCCUAACGCUCGCCAGUGGAGGAACGUUCCCGGAUGAUGACGGCUCCCAUCAGCAGGUGAAGAACUCUCUGUUUGUGGGGGAAAGUGACAAUCAUGGGAUGCCAUUUCCAGACAACAGAAUCUGGGGCCCAGGAGGUUCUGACCCAUCUGGCAGGACACUACCUCGUGGCGUGGAUUUUCCAAUCCGAGGAAUGCAGAUCUAUGACGGGCCCAUCCGUGUCCAAAACUGUACAUUUCGUAAAUACACGGCCCUGGAAGGCCGGCACACCAGCGCCUUUGGCUUCAGGCUCAACAACACGUGGCAGAGCUGCCCGAACAACAACGUAACUCAAAUCAUCUUUGAUCGGGUUCCUAUCACAUCUCGGGUAUUCUUUGGGGAGCCAGGCCCCUGGUUCAGUAAAAUGCAGAUGGAUGGAGACAAGACAACCAUUUUUCACGAUGUUGACGGCUCAGUCAGUGAGUACCCUGGAGCCUUUCUGGUGAAGGAGGACAACUGGCUGCUUCGACACCCUGACUGCAUUGAUGUGCCAGACUGGAAGGCUGCUAUCUGCAGUGGCCACUAUGCACAGAUCUACAUCCAGAUCCGACACCCUGCCAGUUUGAACCUACACAUAGUCCGGGAUGAGUAUCCUGACUGGCCCCUAACUCUGGAAGGAGCUCUUGGAAAGAAGAAACACUACCAGCAGUUUCAGCCUGUGGUCAGUCUGGCCAAAGGCUACACACUUCACUGGGACCAAGCAGCACCUGCAGAGGUCACCAUCUGGCUCAUCAACUUCAACAAAAAUGACUGGAUCAGCUUGGGCCUCUGCUACCCACAAGGUACCAACUUCACCAUCAUCGCUGACAUCCAUGACCGUCUGACCAAACAGACCCGUAAGACUGGGGUCUUCAUGAGGACCAACCAGAGGGAGAAGAUCAACCACUCCCAUCUGAGCCGAGGAUACUACUACUGGGAGGAAGAAACCGGCUUGCUCUUUCUGAAGAUUACAGCCCAUAAUGUCAGGGAACAGUUUGCCUUCUGCUCUGUGAAAGGAUGUGAGAGGAUCAAGAUCACAGCCAGCAUCCCAGCAGGAAGRCCUCCCAGUAACUGUCUUAUCAGGACCUACCCCCGACAUGCUGAGCUGCCAGUGGUGGACGUCCCCAUGCCCAGGAAGAUGCCCACCUCCAGGCUGAACUCAGCAGAGCACUUCCUAGAGGUCAAACUGGACUCAUACAGCUCUCGUUUCUUCCAUAUUAAAGAGGACUUCGCCUUCACUGAGGUGAACGGCAGGAAGUUAGUCCAAGCAGAAGAUGGAGUGGAGCUGACAAUAAUAGAUGGAUUCAAUGGAAAUAUUGUGGAGACCAAAGGUUUCAGGAGCUCCAUCUUACAGGGGAUCCCUGCACAGAUCCAGAAUUAUGUCCAUGGACUAAAAGACGGGUCCAUCGUCCUCAUGACAUCUAAAGGCCGUGUGGUUACCAGAGGUCCCUGGACCAAAGUUUUGGYGGAACUUGGUGCAAACAAAAACAUUAAAUUAAAAGAUAAGAUGGUGUUUGUCGGCUUUAAAGGCUCCUUCCAACCAGACUGGGUCAAACUGGAAGUCAGUGAUGAGCAGGCCAAGAUCCAUCAGGUUCUGAGUGUUCCUGUGCUGCACAAGAUGAAGCUGUGAACAGCAGGUCAAAGGUCAGGUGUCAGCAAAAUCUGUGCCAAGGUUACAGACAGUUUUUAAAACAUGGACCUGACCCAGAACUGAAGACAGGCUUCUUAUCACAUGAAUAAGAUUCAGAGCAAAAGUUUAUAUAUAUGUAAAUAUAUAGAGAUUCCCCACUCUUCAGUCACAUGUGGAAGUGUCCCUGAACAAGACACUGACCCCCCCCSSCCCCCCCCCCCAUCAGUGUAUGAGUGGGACCUAAAGCACUGAUUUGUCUCCACAGGUGAUUCCUGUUAGCUUUGUAGAGACAUGACACAGUGCUGAGUGGAUGUGUGUGUGAAGAUGUGUGGAAGCUGGUAUUUCCUACUAUGUGGGGACCAUGUGGUACCUAUAAGGACCUAAGCCUAGUCCCCAUGUGGGGGGGGGGGG